AUGGCUGGGGCUCGGCGUGGCUGGCGGCUGGCGCCUGUUCGCCGUGGCGUCGCCAGGCGGGCCCGUCCACUUAUGCGGCCCCUCUGGUUGCUCUUCGCAGUGAGCGUCUUUGCCUGGGCCGGGGCUUCAGACGGCUCCGGGGGAACGACGAGAGCCAUGGACGAGGAGAUCGUGUCUGAGAAGCAGGCGGAGGAGAGCCACCGGCAGGACAGCGCCAACCUGCUUAUCUUCAUCCUGCUGCUCACCCUCACCAUUCUGACGAUCUGGCUCUUCAAGCACCGCCGGGCCCGCUUCCUCCACGAAACCGGCCUUGCUGUGAUUUAUGGUCUUUUGGUGGGCCUUGUGCUUCGGUAUGGCAUUCAUGUUCUCCGUGAUGUGAAUAAUGUGACCCUGAGCUGUGAAGUGCAGUCAAGUCCGACUACCUUGCUGGUCAACGUCAGUGGAAAAUUUUAUGAAUAUAUGCUGAAAGGAGAGAUUAGCUCACAUGAACUCAACAAUGUUCAAGAUAAUGAAAUGCUUAGGAAGGUUACUUUUGACCCUGAAGUCUUUUUCAACAUACUGCUUCCUCCUAUCAUAUUUUACGCAGGUUACAGUCUGAAAAGGAGACAUUUCUUCCGGAACCUUGGGUCUAUCUUAGCAUAUGCCUUUCUGGGAACAGCAAUUUCUUGUUUCGUUAUUGGGUCCAUAAUGUAUGGCUGUGUAACUCUGAUGAAAGUGACCGGACAGCUCGCAGGAGAUCUUUACUUUACAGAUCGCUUGCUGUUUGGCGCCAUUGUCUCAGCCACAGACCCAGUGACUGUUCUUGCCAUCUUCCACGAACUUCAAGUUGACGUUGAACUCUAUGCUCUUCUCUUCGGUGAAAGUGUCCUCAGUGAUGCCGUUGCCAUGGUGCUGUCCUCCUCAAUAGUGGCAUACCAACCAGCUGGAGACAAUAGCCACACCUUUGAUGUCACAGCCAUGUUCAAGUCUAUUGGAAUCUUCCUUGGGAUCUUCAGUGGAUCUUUUGCAAUGGGUGCUGCUACAGGAGUGGUGACAGCUUUAGUGACAAAGUUCACCAAGUUGCGGGAGUUCCAGCUGCUGGAGACGGGUCUGUUCUUCUUGAUGUCCUGGAGCACCUUCCUUUUGGCUGAAGCCUGGGGUUUCACAGGUGUGGUUGCAGUAUUGUUUUGUGGAAUCACACAGGCACAUUAUACGUACAAUAAUUUGUCCACAGAGUCUCAGCAUAGAACGAAGCAGUUGUUUGAGCUUCUCAGUUUCUUAGCGGAGAAUUUCAUCUUCUCCUACAUGGGGCUGACGCUGUUCACCUUCCAGAACCAUGUCUUCAACCCAACAUUUGUAGUAGGAGCAUUUAUUGCUAUUUUCUUGGGAAGAGCUGCCAAUAUUUACCCCUUGUCUCUCUUACUUAAUUUGGGUAGAAGAAGUAAGAUUGGAUCAAAUUUUCAACACAUGAUGAUGUUUGCUGGCCUUCGUGGUGCAAUGGCAUUUGCCUUGGCCAUUCGUGACACUGCCACUUACGCACGACAAAUGAUGUUCAGCACCACACUUCUGAUUGUAUUUUUUACUGUGUGGGUAUUUGGUGGUGGCACUACUGCCAUGUUGUCAUGCCUGCAUAUAAGGGUUGGUGUUGAUUCAGACCAAGACCAUUUGGGUGUUCCUGAAAAUGAAAGGAGAACUACCAAAGCAGAGAGUGCCUGGCUCUUUCGGAUGUGGUACAACUUUGAUCAUAACUACCUGAAGCCCCUACUGACGCACAGUGGGCCUCCUCUCACUACCACACUCCCGGCCUGCUGUGGACCCAUCGCCAGGUGCCUCACCAGCCCUCAAGCAUACGAAAACCAGGAGCAAUUGAAAGAUGAUGACUCUGAUCUUAUUCUCAAUGAUGGUGAUAUCAGUUUGACGUAUGGGGAUUCUACUGUGAACACUGACUCAGAAACAGCCAAUGCCCCAAGGAGAUUUAUGGGCAACAAUUCUGAAGAUGCUUUGGAUCCGGAGCUUACAUUUGGGGACCACAAACUAGUCAUUCGUGGAACAUGCCUGGUUCUUCCGAUGGAUGAUUCUGAACCUGUGCUAAAUUCAUUAGAUGAUACAAGACACAGUCCAACCUAAGCUUUCUAAUGCUCACUUAGUGGUUUGUAAACUUUGCACAUGUGAUUGUGAAGAAAUGUGUACUACCUACAAGUCCUAGUGCUAUUUAUAUGGCAUAGGAAGAAUAUAAAUACCCUGUACAAGGCAGAUUGUGAACAGUCUGUCCUCUUAAGUUUUGCUGGCUGCACUACAUUGGCCGGAUCUGUUUUAGAAAGUUACUUUCACAGUAAUGUUGUGUGUUCUGUUAGUUUAACAUUUCAGUUAAAGUAUAA